UAUAUGGAACACCAACACCUAUUUAUCUACACUUUUGCUCCACACCCCAUCCACAGCUUUCUCAGCACCAUGGCCGACGGACAGGACAGUGUGAUGUCCAGGUUGAUCGACUUAUUCGGCUUGCUUCAGAACGAAGACUACGCCGAACAGAUCAGGCACUACGAGGGUUUGGCCGUCGAUGAGCUGGGCCGUGUGAACGAUGCAUAUCUUUCGAUGUGGGCUGGAGUUCCUCAUCGAGAGGAGCCGAUGGCACUAUUCUACGAGGUCGGGAUACGAGCAGAGCUCUUGGAUCAGCUGCUCUCGAAACGUCUGCCUAGCUUGCGACGCCACAUCUUUGCUCUCUCGGAUGCCCUUCUCGGACACUCCGAGCGUCCACUUAAACCGGUCUCAAAACUGCAACUAGUCGUCAAAGUUCUAUCAAAGAUCGAGGUGACGAUGAGUGAAAUCAAGUUUUAUAUUGCCUCUAUCUGGCCGAAUCUAGACUCGCAAGAUGUGAGAAAUGAUCAAGACUUCGAAAGAUUGAAAUUCUUCAGAUCGUGUCGUCUAGCAUUACGGAUCUACGAGAUGGCCAGUCCAAUUUGCACAUUCCUUCGAACCGCUGCUUCUUUUAUCGAAGAAUCAGGACACGCGUUUGCUAAAGAACCUGAGAAGAGAAUCGAAGUGCUCACGAUGACAACGGCUUGCUCCGAAGCAAUCGAUACGGCAAUCAAAUACAUGGAUAAAUCCGACAUCGACAUUAUCCAAGACGAAUGGCACUCCAAGAUAAGUUCGCUCGAUGAAUCACUGGAAACCUUACUCGAAUUCAUCAAUCAAAACCUCUCACAAUUAAACGAAAAAGAAGAAGAAGAACAACAAAGUCGCUCGAUCGGUGAUCAAGAUCCGUCUCGCUCUGAUACUCAGCCUGUGAAUAAUCGAGAACAGAAUGAUCCACACGGACAAUCUCAACAAGACACUCAAUCGCCGUAUCAUCCUGGGUUUACACCUAUGAUAGCCAUCAUCAAAUUAUCAAGAUUAUUCUUGACGAAGCUAUCCAAGAUCUCGGCCGAUCGAGCGAGUUUCAAGUUUGUGACUGAUCUGAGUUCAAGAGAGCUCGAUCUAAUCCGAGCAUUGAGCGCGAUGAUCUCUGAAACUAUUGGGAGGCUUUUGGGCGAUUGCUGUGGGGAUCUCAUUAUCGGCGAGGAUGAGUUUGGAAGAGUUAUCUUGAGUAUCAAGAAAUCGAUCACUCGUCUGCUCAGCAUCCCUCACCAUAUCUUGCGCAUGGUCGACGACGUGUUUGUCCCUCUCGUCCAUCAUGUCGACCAGCCUUCAUCUAAGAUACACCUCAAGCCCUGGUUUUAUCAAUGGAACUCACUCUAUCGUUUGGCCGUUCGAAACUUCCUCGAGGAUCUCGGAUUCACUGACAUAAGUCUCUGAUCAUUUAUCCUCCAUAUCUAUCUCAAACUCCCUUGUUCAAAAUCUCCCAGUCUUGAAUUCCAUACUCCAUAGCUCCCACAUUCUCAAAUCAAAUACAUAUCCUGAAAACACUCGAGAAAACAAAUCGCAAAUUGUAUUUCUUCUUUUUUAUGAACAUGAACAAUGUACCUCAGUAAUCCUAUCAGCUUAUCUUUGAAAGUAUGGCUCCAAUCGCUCAUGAUGUCUGCCACAGGCCUGUAUGUAGCUCAAUCGGAAUGUAAAAUUAUAUGUGCGAGAUCAAGA